AUGGAUUUUGGUCCGGCAUUGCAGUGUCAAGUGGUGUUGAAGAACCAAGAUUUGUGGAAGAAAUUCCAUGUCCAUGAGACGGAGAUGAUCAUUUCUAAGACUGGAAGUCGGAUGUUUCCUUCUCUCCAAUUGGAAAUCAAGGGUCUGUCUCCAAACAACAUAUACAGAGUAGUGCUCGAGAUGGAACCAGUUUGCAGAAACCGCUUCAAGUACUCAGCAUCAGGUGGUUGGUUACCGUCUGGAUCAGAAGAGGCAAUUAGCACAGAGCGAUUCUACAUUCACCCGGAUUCCCCUGCCCGAGGCGAAUUUUGGAUGGGACAAACACUUUCCUUCGACAGAGUGAAGCUGACCAACACUUUCGCUCCUCUACUUGGACAAGUGGUAUUAUCUUCGAUGCAUAAGUACCAGCCCAAGAUAAUCAUAACCCAGCUCAAUGAUGUAUGUGAGAUGAGUUGGGCACCUAAAGCUAUUCUUCGAUUUUCUGAAACUCAGUUUAUUGCUGUAACCGCUUAUCAAAACGAGAAGAUCACCCAACUAAAGAUCAAAUAUAAUCCCUUCGCUAAAGGAUUUAGAGAAAAUGGCCAGGCCAAAUAUAAGAGAAAGCAAGCUAGAGCAGCAAAGAUUGUAAAUGUAAGCGAUGACGAGGAAGAAAUCGUAGUCGUCGAUAGUACAGUUGCUUCUACUACAAAUGAUAGACUCUCAGAAUCAUCCGAAUCAUCUACUUCUACCAUUUCUUGUUCAACAGAAUCACAACCACGUGUGGAAACAUCUGCUAACCAAGAUGACAGUGCUUGUGAUAUACUAUCUCGUCCAGUUGCUACAUCAACGCCAUACCCAGUUGUGACACCAUUUGUAUACAGACCUGUUGUACAUCCACGCCCAAUGUACCGCUAUAAAUUUACCGAGGAAGAAGAAGAAAUCGUAGUCGUCGAUAGUACAGUUGCUUCUACUACAAACGACAGACUCUCAGAAUCAUCCCAAUCAUCCACUUCUACCGUUUCUUGUUUAACAGAAUCACAACCACGUGUGGAAACAUGUACUGACCAAGAUGACAGUGCUUGUGAUAUACUAGCUCGUCCAGUUGCUACAUCAACGCCAUACCCAGUUGUGGCACCAUUUGUAUACAGACCUGUUGUAGAUCCACGGAUCCAGGUUCCACUAAAUAUUAUAUCUCCAUCGACAUCAGCGUCAUAUCCUUCACCGACGUACCCUGAUCCAAUUCAACCUGAAGCAACGUAUUUUGAGUCAAGCCUCGCAGAGUCAUCAAGUCAACUUACACCAAGUGAAUAUGGAUCAUCAAGUCGAUAUAAUGUAAGUCAAUCAGAUGAAGAAAGUCAGCUUGACUUAAGUAAUCAAUCCAUGGAAGUUGAAGUAAGUCAUUCUGAACGAGCGAGAACACCUGAACUACGUCCUUUUGGAGUGAGUCAACUUGAAGCAAGUCAUUCUGCAACGUGGCAACCUGCACCAAGUCAUUAUAGAGUGAGACAACUUGAAGAAAAUAAUGCUGCAGUGAGGCAACCUCAGAGAAAGCUAACGGACUUUUCGAUACGCGCCGUUACUGGUUGA